AUGUCGAAUACAAACAAUACACCUAGUUCACAGCCCGCACAUGCAGGCCCGUCCACAGAGGAGGCACCAAAUUAUAAAACCUUCACAGACGCAACGGAUAAACUGUACAAGAAGUUGGUCCAGGAGGAAUCCCGCGAAUGGUGGCAGUACCGCUUCGUUAGCACAUUCUUCAACGUGCUCGCGAUCGCGCAAGUGAUGGUUGGAGCAACCAUAACUGCUCUUGGACCGUUUGGUGGCCAGCAUUUGAUUGCUAUAACCGUGUUAGGCGCUAUUAACACCGUCAUUGCCGGGUUUAUAGCUCUCCUCAAAGGUAGGGGCCUUCCUCAGCGACCCCGGAAAAACAUGUUGGAGCUUCGAAGGGUUCGGGAGUAUAUUGAGCAAAAGAGAACCAUGUUGCAGUACAGGAACAGGAGGUUCUCGAGGGAUGAGGUUGACUCUCUACUGGAAGAUGUCAUGAGGAGGUAUGAUCUUGCGGAAGAGAUUAUCGAAAGGAAUCAGCCGGAUACCUACACAGAUGGUGCGGGAUCGACCGGUAGAGAACGUCAACCAGACGAAGAAAGGGCACCAGGAUAA